AUGGGCUUAGAAGUGUCCGGCAUGAACACUCAGCUUCUGACGCUGACUUUGGUCGAGUCGUUCAAUGCUCUAGCAGACCAAGUACAGAACCUGAGCGAUCGCCAGACUAUCUUGGAGCAUAAGCUUCGGUAUGCACACGAACAGUUCCAAUACCUAGCCGACAAAUAUGCGGUUGCCGCGCAUGAGGUAUCAGAGACAUUGGUGAACCUACAGGUUCCACCUGAAUUACACACUUCCUCACUAGCAAAUACAAAUUUUGUUCCACUCCCUAAUCGCAAGACCUCCGAUUCCAAACAUCAAAUUGCCGUGAUCAUCCGCGAAGGUAGACGCGUCGCUUCCUCCCUAACCGACUUCAGCAAGAGUAGCCAGACCAGUAGGAACAGAGACAGUCUCGAUCCCACAACUGUGACUACCAUGUCCACUAUACUCGAGCAGGACUUUACCGUGGAGGGGAAGAAGGGAAGCCUAGACUGUCCCUUCUCUCAGCAGGAUGGGCAAGAUUCACAGUCAAACCAUCGACAGGGCCACCAAGUACAUGAAGAUCCUAUAUGUGCAGCUAUGUAUGACGAGACGGGCUCCCAGCAGGCAGCUGCCAAAUGCCCUAUUCGAUAUCUUGACCAACAUUCCCCUGAGGAGAUUGCAGAUUACCUCGAAAAGCAUAAACACGAGCUUCCCCGAAGCCAUGAAGUAUGUGUCAGACGCUACCAGAAAAACGAGGAGCAUAUUAGAAAGCUAGACGCCAAGUACGGCAAUCUUGUCAGUAUGGUUGAGGGCCUAGGAAAAAUACACCAACCAAUGUUACCUGAGCAAGACACUCGGCCGCAAAGUGAUGUAGAACUGGCGUCAAACGAUAGGGUACAAGACUGGGCACACACAGUCAGUGCUACUGCCGCUAAUGACCCCGACCAAACUGCCCUAGACCAUGACGAGGAAGACGAAGAGAGACAAAGUCACUUUGACCGUCCACUUAAAGAAGUUCGUGUUGGCGAAUCGCCUAGCCGCCCUUGGGGUAUAUCAGUCCCGGUCUUCUCGGAUGGGCAAUCGAGCCAGAGUGUACCUCAAGGACGACCAGAGUCUCCUCCAGCACCAGUCCAUAUGCCGUCUCCAAUUAUGGAAGCGGAAACACCGUUACCGAAGAAGGGGAAAUGUCCAUUCGACCACACUAAACUGACAGCAAUGAACAACGCGACGCCUCAUAAGCAGAAGGAUCAAAGUUCUAUUCGAUUAACUGAUAUUCCGCCCUUGAACCAACCCUUUACUCCCUCUCGACAUGGUCCUCCUCCAACACAAACAGCUGCUAGCCCCUUACCUCAACCUGCCUUUAUAAAUCCAACGAAUCCGGCACUCUCCAAAUCAGGGGCUGCGCCUCAAAUGGUAUUCACCGGUCCGGUAUUCAUUGGCUAUCCAGUCGAGCAAGCCAUGCAGCUCAUGCAGUUUUUUCAAACACAACAACAGUAG